CAGCUUCAGCUGAGUGAUGUCCCGCCUAUAGUGCGCAGGAUCCGCAGACUUGUGAGCAGGAGAAGUAAUCGGAUUUACUUUUGUUCCGAAAUAUCAGGCCACGCCGAUUCUUCCUCUCUAUCACGAAGCGUUUUCUUUUCACGAUGACGGACUGCUCUCGAGUUUACAGCCGGUCAGAAAUUCGCAGAGAUGAGAAAUGAGCGGCAGAGGGAGAGAGAGAGAGAGGGAGAGAGAGAGAGAGAGGGAGAGAGAGCGAGCGCGCGCUCGGGUCCUCCGCAGGCAGAUUACUGAGUGCGCUGUGAGGGAGCGAAAUUCUGAGUGAUCGAUGCGCGGCGUGCGCGGCGUUUCGGUGUGUCUGGCGCUGGAAGAGCGUUUGUUUCUUGCGCGUUCGCGGCAGGGACGCACCUUUUCGCCAUGGAUCGAGCUUUUACGCGUGGAAAUAUGCGAAAUCGCCACGGGUUAUCGGAGGGAUAAACUGAGCAGAUCGACGAGGAGCCGUCAUGGUUGCACAGCCCGCAUCAAAGGCGAAAGUGUGACUGAAUGCAGCGUGCCUGAGAUUCCGCAAAAAGAAGAAAAACACGGCAGCCAGCAGCUGAAGGAAAGAGGAGCGAGCGGUCAGCAUGAAGUCCAGAAACGCUGCAGACUGAGCCGAGGGGGCGCCUGAUUAUCGCCGUCCAUUUCACUGCUGAUCAUCAGCCCUGGCCUGAAGGAGGGAGGAGCAGGGGAUUUGCUUGACAGGCCUCAAAACACGUGAGGGAACCUAUGGCACAGCAGCAGCACAGUACAGGUCCCUUUGUGUGAAUCUACCAUGGACCGUAUGCUCUGCGGGCUGCUGGUCCUGGGUAUGGCCGUGACAGUGGCUCAUACGUGCCCCAAGUACUGCGUGUGCCAGAACCUGUCCGAGUCUCUGGGCACACUGUGUCCAGCGAAAGGCCUUCUGUUCGUCCCCUCUGACAUCGACCGCCGCACGGUGGAGCUGCGGCUGGGCGGGAACUUCAUCCUGCGCAUCACUCAGCAGGACUUUGCCAACAUGACCGACCUGGUGGACCUGACACUGUCCCGCAAUACCAUCAGCUACAUCCAGCCUUUUUCAUUUGGAGACCUGGAGACCCUCCGUUCGCUUCAUAUGGACAAUAAUCGGCUCGUGGAGUUGGGUCCGGAUGACUUGCGUGGUUUAGUUAAUUUGCAGCACCUCAUUUUGAACAAUAACCAGCUUAGCCGAAUCUCUGAGCGCGCCUUUGAGGACUUAGUGGCGGCGCUAGAGGACUUGGAUCUGUCCUACAACAAUCUGCAGGCUUUACCCUGGGACUCAGUCAGGCAGAUGGUCAACCUCCACCAGCUCAGUCUCGACCACAAUUUGCUGGAUUACAUUCCGGAAGGUACCUUUGUCGAAUUGGAGAGGCUGGCCCGUCUGGACCUGACCUCAAACCGGCUCCAGAAGCUUCCGCCUGACCCCAUUUUUGCUCGGGCGCAGGAUUCAGCCUUGAUGAGCACACCCUUUGCCCCGCAGCUUUCCCUAAGCAUGGGCGGAAACCCACUGCACUGCAACUGCGAGUUGCUCUGGUUCCGCCGGCUUGAACGCGAUGAUGACCUGGAAACCUGCGCUUCCCCUCCUGGUCUGAAGGGACGCUACUUCUGGAAUGUGCGAGAGGAGGAGUUUGUGUGUGAGCAGCCACUCAUCACACAGCACACACACAGGUUGCUGGUUCUGGAGGGUCAAACAGCCAGUCUAAGGUGUGAAGCUAUUGGGGACCCGGCUCCUACCAUCCACUGGGUUGCCCCUGAUGACCGGUUGCUUGGCAACUCCUCCCGGACCGUUGUGUACCGGAACGGCACGCUGGAGAUCACCAUCACCACAUCCAAAGACUACGGCACCUUCACCUGCAUCGCGGCCAAUGUGGCUGGAGAGUCUACAGCUUCGGUAGAGCUGUCAAUCAUCCAGCUGCCCCACAUAAACAACAGCACAGGACAGACCUCUCAGCCCAAGUCCCGUCUGUCAGAUAUCACAGGCACUUCAAAGACUGGCAAGGCCGUGCCCAAGAACCAGCCCGAAAAGGCGGUGGCUGUUUCCGAGAUAACCGCAGUCUCCGCCCUUGUCCGAUGGUCAGUCAGCAAAUCGGCACCCAAAGUGAAGAUGUUCCAACUCCAGUACAACUGCUCUGAUGACGAAGUGCUGAUCUACAGGAUGAUCCCUGCGUCCAGCAAGGCGUUCCUGGUCAACAACUUGGUAUCGGGGACCCGCUAUGAUCUGUGUGUGCUGGCGGCGUGGGACGACUCAGCCACCACCUUGACGGCAACCAGCGUGGUGGGGUGCGUCCAGUUCUUCACUCGGGAUGACUAUCCACAAUGCCAGUCCAUGCAUGGGCAGCUCCUAGGCGGCACCAUGAUCUUGGUGGUCGGGGGCGUGAUCGUGGCCACUCUACUCGUCUUCAUCGUCAUUCUCAUGGUGCGCUACAAGGCAGGAGAAGGCGGGGCAGGGGAAGGCACAGAGCCUCCUGUUAGCAAGCUUAGUGAUGUUAGUGAUACUUAUUCCCAGACCAAUGGCGGACGACUGGGACCAAAUGGAGUCCUGCUCCCGCCUCUAAAAAACAAGCCCAAAGUUACCAUGCGGGACGAGGUGGUGGAGUUCAAGUGUGGUUCCCUUCAAAGCAGCCUAAGCUCUGCCUCCUCUUCCUCUUCCUCCUCUUCUUCAUCCGGAUCUCUGGAUGCCGCGGGCUCCUACAGUCCCAACAGCGCCUUGGCUAGCAUCUGGAGGUCAGCUAAUCCCAAACCACGAGGAAAUCUGGAUCAGCUUCUGGGGGCCAUCACCUCUCUGGAGCUAAGAGCCCAGACCAGGGAGGUUCCAUCUCCAAAAGGUAACACCACACCUGGCCCUCCUGCAGCAACUGCUGCUGUUUCAGGAGCACCACCUCCACUGCCCCCUACUGACAAGGAGCCGCUGUUGGGCCGGACGCUGGACUCGCGGCUCAGUAAGCUGCUCAUGCUGCCGCUGGACUCCAAGCCCAAGCGUAGCCACUCGUUUGACAUGGGCGAGUUUGCGGCAUCUACCGGCGCUCAACUGUGCAACUACCAGCGCAGGUUUAGCAACAUCUGGACCAAACGCAGCCUCUCCAUUAAUGGCAUGCUGCUCAAAUGUGAUGAGGAGGGCGAGAUGGGCAGCAGUAAGGGCACUCUGGAAAGCUCAGAGUGGGUGAUGGAGAGCACUGUAUAGGGCAGGUGGACGCAAGCUGCCUUUAGGCCAGUUGAUCAUAACUCUGGUCCAGGACUGCUCCUGCCCUGCACAUUUGGACCUGCUUUAAGAAACCUGAUCCAACUAAACUGAACUAAACUGAUAUAUCGGUGUAUACCAAAUUGAGUAUUUAUAGCUAAAUACAUAAUUACUUGGUAUAUACUUUUAUCUAAGUCAUCAGAUUUACUAUCUUUAUUAGGUUAUGUAGUCAUGGGAGUAAGGAACUAAAGUGUUGACACUGUACAGACCCUUUUAAUGCACAAGGGAACUGAUUUUGGGUUUUCUUGAUGCGAUUUUUAGCCUAAGUGUCUACUGGUCAAAUUCUGGUUACAGCUGGUCAAAUUCUAUGUGUAUUGUGAGGAUGUAGCUGCAUUUGCUUACAUUUCUACAUUGUCUGCCACGGUAACAACACACAUUUGCGUAUAUCGGACAUUGAAAGUGACACCAAAUGACAAAUUUUAACCUGAUUGGUUAAUUAUGGACUGAAUUUUCAACCACUCACAUACAGUCUUAUGCAAAAGUUUGAGCACCUCUUGUCAUAUGACAUUUUAUAAAAAUACGUCAGCACAUCCUCUGCUUUUUUUUUUUUUUUUUGCCAGUUUUGAUGUACAAUAUUGUUUGCUGGGUUUGACAUAUUAGGAAACAAACAUGAACAUAUAAAAUGUGCCAUAACUUUUGUACAGUAUGUUAUAUAAUUUUUUUUUUCCAGUAUGUUAAAUUCAAUAAUUGCACAUUAAAACCAACAAACAAGUCAUUUGACCAGGGCACCCAGACCUUUGUGUGUGACUACAUAUGGCUUGGGUCCAGUUUUUAAAAAGUCAUAUUUUAUGUGGUUUUUGUAGAUCAGAAUGCAGAAAACUCUUCCUGCUCAAAGCAGAUAUGGCAAAUGUCAGAUGUGAAUUUCCUGUUUUAACGAAGCAUAAAAGUUUAGGGAGUUAGCACGUCUUUCCUGAGUCUAUGCGGAUGUUUUAGAGCAGGAAAAUGCCAAAAUGUGCAGGGCAGCGGUAUUCCAGGACCACGAUUAUGAACAGCUGCCUUUAGGAACCUGCUGCUCUGGUGUCAAAGACUCAAAGGGAAUAAACCCCCUGUUCCACCGUGCAUGGAAUUAUAUAUUGAUUCAUGACUUUCAAGUGUUGUUAAAGCAUAUAUUCACUUUACAACUUGAUGUGUUGAGGACAGGUCCCUGACCAGCAGUUAUCAGCUAUUCGCUCUGGUGAAUGAGUGUGCAAGUGUGAGAUUGGAUGUUUGUCUGUUGUGUGUACGUGUUGAAUAACAAAUCUACUGUACUAAAUGAGAAAUGUUCAGGCCAUGUAUCCUUGAGAUUCUGGUCAGAGUCUUCAUGCCCAUUAAGGUGGACUGUUUUGUGACUGUUAAACAGCGUCUACAGAGGAAGUUGUAUGGUAAUGUUUUCUCCAGCAAACAGCACAGCAACCCAGACUGUACAGCAGCCUCUGGUACAAAUGCUGUUUACACAUGUAAUGAAUUUAAAGUUUUAUAUUUUUUAUCCUGCCGGUCAAACACUAAAUGUUAAACCGCUCCUUCUCAAGGGGAAGAGUAAAAACAUUCGCAGAACUUUCAUCCCUCCUCCCUCUUUCUCUCUCUUCUUCAUGCCCCUCGAAGGAAUCGUCUGCAAAAGCAGCGUUUUUAAAGGAUCCACAGAGGUUUUUUUUAUCUUAAUCCAGGCAGAAUAUGAAAUUUUAAAAAGAAAAACUUUGAAAUGAAAGACACGGAAAAACCCAUCAAAUAAAAUUGCUUAAUCUUGCCAUUAAAGCACCCAAGCUUUUAUAUGUCUGUAUUUACAAAAGAACUGAUAAGACUGGAUGUUUUCAACCAGCAUCUAUGUAUAUUUUACUGAAAUGGUCCAAAUUUGUAAAAUAAACUUCUCCUUGAGUUUCCAAGCCAAUCAAAAUCAAGCCACGGUGUACAUUUACAUUUUGAUGCAAAAACAAGAUCACUUCAGGUUCCAGCCCUGAAAAUAAAUCAACCACGUUCACACAGCCAAAAAAACACCACCAAAGAUGCCAUUUAGAUCAGAGAUGUCUAGAAUUUAAUGUAAAGAGUCAAGUCAGUGACUGCUAUCUUUCUUUUAAAUUACAGUAUGAAUGUGUAAUAUGAACAAUUUACUCAUCUCUCAGCGAUACGUCCAGGAGCCAUAGAAACAUCAUUCUGAUGCUAAUCAGCUCAUUCUAAUCAGAUGAGACAUUUACAUUACAUUUAGCUCUCGUGCCUGGUGUAACAUAUAGAACGUGUCAGAUUGAUGCGAAGAUCUCGGCUCAGUAAAGCCCCAGUCUAGAGCUACUGUAAGUGGCAGGUGUGUCUGAUAGGAGUCAAACAACAGUGAAUCACAACUCGGGUUAUGUGAAGGAGCCACUGGCCGGUCUCCACUGCCUGUGGUUUGUGGGCUGUUGGCUGGUUUCUGCAUGCAGAGACUAAUUAUUGCUGCCUUCAUGUGCCAUGGAUGGGCAGCCCCCUUAUUUUUCUUAUGAUUACACAGUACCCAUAUAAUAACCCAGUGGUGGGGGGGCUAGGAUUCCACCUAUCUGUCACUCUGACACCAGUCACUUAAUAUUGCUGCAUCUGAUGUAUCUCCUAAAUCAGGAGUGCCCAAUCCAGGAGAGUUCAGACCCAAAGCACCAGGCUAUUCAGAUGCCACUGAAGGCCUUCAUUACCUGGACCAAGUGUGUUACAUUAGGGUUGGAGCUAAACUCUACUAGGUGGUCGUUCUCUGGGAUCAGCAGUGAGAACCCCUGUUAUAAACCAUUGGUUUUCAACUGCAGUCCACAGGAAUCACUGCCCUCCAAAUACCUGAUCCAUGCAGAGAUUGAAAAUUAGCUAAAGAGUUUGUUAGGGAGAGAAUAGUUUAAAUUGUGAAGCCCAGUAGGUCACCUAGAAGCCACUGGCCUAAACCAGUGUUUCCCAAAUCUAGUCUUGGAGGCCCACUUCUAUGAAAUUUUGGUAUUUUUCCUGCUCCAGACACACCUCAGCAAAAGCCCUUCACUCCGUUAAAAUGCAGGUGUGGUGAAACAAGGGAAGCUCUAAAAUGUGCAAGGCAGUGGACCCUCUAGGACUAGGGUUAGGAGACAUUGCUAUAAACGUGUGUCAGUGGAGCAUCACUCAGGUUGAAGGUUCAAUCAAAGCUACACAAGAAAUACAUAAUGAACAAAAUAUACAAACCUUGCAGCUUCCAUUAUGUACAUUCCAAACCUCAUAAGUAACAUGAACCCUUGAGUAAGGUGUGCAUGAGGGUCUUUUGCCCAGUACAUCAUGGUGUGUGAAGGUCUGUCCAGUACAAGAUGUGUGGUGGAGCCCCCAUUUCCACACCAGCUAAGCUAGCGCCACAACUAAAAACACAACUGUCCACCACAAAUUUGAAGCAUCAUCCUUACUAUCAUACAUGCAUUAUACAUGCCAUCCCAAUAUUGAGAUGAUCAUCAAUAUGAGAUCCCACACUAAAAGCUGCACAUGAGUAUCUCUUCAACUUUCUUAAUCGAAAGUAAAAGCUUCAGACCCUUGACAUUAACCCCUUGAUAAUGGCUGUUUCCUGAUUAGGCUACAGAUAUGUUUGCAUGUGUACUGUUGGUUGCAUUACCUCCCAAUUUGUACAAAAGGAGGAAAAUGUUCCAAGCAAGACUGCCCAAAGUCCCCAAAGUUGGCCCACAUGGACCUAAUCCCCUCUCCCCCAGCCAAAAACAGAACAUAUAUUUUUUAAAAUGUUAUUUUUAAGUAUUUUUAGUAUAAAAAUAGGAUAACGAUAUAAAGCAAAACAUAGACAGGUUUCUACGAUCCUUGAUGUGAUUCAAUUGUCAUUGUCUGUAACACUAAUACAAGCUAAUAGACAUAACAGGCAGUGGUACACAGACAAGGGAAGAUUUAGAGACCACAAGUGUCAAGAAUAUCAUUUCACUGAAUUAAAGGCAGUGUACUUUGUAUCUAAAGAAACCAUUGGAGUGCUUUGAACAAUACAUUUUACCCAAGUGUAUUGAAGCUAUGUGAAAAAAUGAAUGUAAUGAGUUGCUAGCUGUUUUAUAUAUUUGGUCCAUGGUCUACCACAAACACCACAAUUUGGCCCCCCAAGACAAAAUAGUUGGACACCCCUGGUUUAGAAGAUGCCAAAAUAGAAUGGGCUAACUAACUAGCUAAACAUGUUUAUGAAAGCAAAGCACUUGAACUCAAAGACUUUGCAAUGUCUUGAUGUCAAGUGGGAGAUAGGAUCCAAGCAGGUGAAGGAAGCAUCAGCAUAGUCUUCAGCUUCAUGCAAAUACGAUCAAUUAAUACAUGAUUAUUCAGUGUUAUAACACUGGUUGUCAAACUCUGUGAUGCUUUAAACAUGAUGGUGCUAUUCCUGCUCAAAUAUGUCUGACCCAGCUCAAGAAGGACUUAAUAAUCAUUAUUUGAGUGGGAUUAGUACUCGAGUAGGGCAAACACAAAAAUGUGCAGAGCGUGUGGUCUCUGUCCUCGCGACUGAGAUCAAUUGCUUUGCUCUGAAGGCAGGCGCUCUGCAUCCAGAGAAAACAAGCCAGUAUUUACUUCCUAAUGGAGGCGUUUACUUUUCUAUCCCCAAGCCUCACGGCCAUUAAUUCCAGCUAGUCCAGCUAUAGAGUGCCUAGAGAAAUGCAAGAUGUUGGUUAGAAGUCACAUAUUAUGUGUUUUUCAUGCAGCUCUCCUUUAAACUGUAUUAUCAAAGUCCUUGGCUCUGCCCAUAUGUUCUCAUACUGGAAGGAAACUCUGUGCUAAUUACUUGAGAUGGAGAGCAAGGCUGUCCUGCCAAGCUGGAUUGGGGCUUUAACGUUUCAGCUCUGAUUGUUUCGACUCCCUCGCUCAAGCCCAUUAGCGGUUCUCCUCAAUCCACAUUAGUCCACUCUCCCUAAGGGGCUGGAGCAAAACAUCAAUAGCACAUCUCUCUGGUUCGACUUGCAUGUAGGCUUCUCUCGUCUUCUGACUAGCGGACGUGCUUUCCUGUCCCUUUCACACAAAAGACUUGACUGGCUGCGUGACACUAUAAUACGGCUUUUUUUGAAUGAUUGAUUGUGUACGAUGGGAAAAUUGUACAGUAGCAUUUUAUUCUCUUGGUACACAAAGACUAAAGGGGGGUUGCUUCACUGUGUUGUGAUGAUUUAUCUGUUCAAAUCCCUCUGAAUGGAGGGAGCAUAGGUGAUGUUUCUGUGGUCAAUCAGAUCAAAUUUUGUUUUGCUACAAAAAAGAUAAAUAU